AUGAAUGUUGUCGUGGAUCGUCUAAAAAAAGAGUAUAGUACAAUGAGAUUAGGACGCGCGAAUCCUGCUAUUCUUGACUCUGUGACCGUUCCUUAUCAGGGUGGUCAUGCAUCAUUGCAAGAUCUUGCGCAAGUGACCAUAAAGGAUCCACAAAAUUUGAUGUUGAAUGUUCAUGAUGAAGAGUUAAUAAAAGAUGUCCAAAAAGCAAUUCUAACUGCGAAUCUCAAUUUAACUCCGAUACUAGAUGGAAAAGGGAUAAAAGUUCAAAUUCCCAAGCAAGAACAUCGUGAAGAAAUGAUAAAAGUCGCGUCGAAAAUUGCCGAGAAUUCAAAGAUCAAAUUAAGAAGCAUAAGACAAGAUGGGAUUAGAGGUUUGAAGAAUGAUACGCGGCUAAAGUAUUUCACCAUGGAUGAAUCCGUGAAAAUGGAAAAGAAGGUUCAAGCGGUAGUCGAUAAAAUAUCUAAAACCAUCGAUGAAGUAUUAAAAGCAAAAACCAAAGAAAUCUCUGGAACAUAG